CAGACCUCUCUUAAACCAUAUUGAUAUUAUUAUGGCUGUCUUGGUUACAAAAUGAAAAGCAAACCUAAAAUCUAAAAGUAUAAUGACUUCAUAAUGGAAACAUGAGCCGAAAAAAUCAAGAGGAAUCGUAUUUACAUGCAAUGACAACACAGGCGAUUCUACUUCUGAAUUACUGUUUGUAUUGUUUGUUUAUUUACUGUUCAAAAAUAGUUUGCAAAAUCAGUCAAAUUUCCGAAUUGAAGCCAGUACAGUAAUUCCAAUGUCACUUCUUUGUAUAAAAGUAUUUUGACUUUUUUUCUUCCUUUCCUUUUCCUUACCAUUAGAUGCCGUACAUUGACGAUUAACAAUGUUGCCCCUCGUGGCUAAAAUAAACUCCGUCCCCCUCUUCCCUCACACCCUCCACCCUCUCUGUCUCUGCACUGAUGCUGAUAUUUCUCGCCAGCAUCACCAUCCGAAAGAAGGAGGAGGAGGAGGCAAAGAAAGCGAAGGAAGGGGAGGGGAGAAGAGGCAGAGUCAGGUGGAAACGGAGACCUCUGUGGAGAAUCAUCACCACCUUCCGCCGGCUCACAACCACAGCAGCCGCAGCAUCACUCCGGCCGGCGGUCACAGCUGCAGGGACGCAGCGCUCCUCUCUUGGGCGUCAGGACCUCACAAUUCCACGGUGCGUCCUCGCCGCCUUGAUGCCCAAACAAUCAGCUUUCUCCUAAAAAAAGGACUGACCGAGGGGAAAACCUUGUGGAAUAAAAGCGGACCGUCCCUUGUCCAUUGACAAACCACUCUCUUCAUCGAUCCUGCCCAACGACGUCUUUGGUAUCUGAGGAGGGCAAAGCCAGGCGAAAGAAGCUGACACUGAACCCUGAGGGCGUUGGGGCGCCAUGGCUAAUGCCUCCCCAGAUCUGGACAACGCGGAAGCUCAACGCCAGCUCAACAACAACAACCGACCAAUCGGCUCCGGGUUCUGGGAGAAGGAAUGUACCAGCUCUAAGCUGUUUGAGUGCUCCCGCAUCAAGGCCCUGGCAGAUGAAAGAGAUGCAGUUCAGAAGAAGACUUUUACCAAGUGGGUCAACUCUCACCUGUCCAGAGUGUCCUGUCGCAUAUCUGACCUCUACAACGACCUCAGAGAUGGAUACAUGCUCACCAGACUGCUGGAGGUCCUCAGUGGGGAGCUGCUGCCAAGGCCGACUCGCGGUCGAAUGCGGAUCCACUGUCUGGAAAAUGUGGACAAAGCCCUGCAGUUUCUUAAAGAGCAGAGAGUUCACCUGGAAAAUGUUGGUUCCCAUGACAUCGUGGAUGGAAAUCACCGACUCACCCUGGGUCUCAUCUGGACCAUCAUCCUGCGUUUUCAGAUCCAGGUGAUCAAAAUAGAGACGGAGGACAACAGAGAAACUCGCUCUGCCAAAGAUGCACUGCUGCUCUGGUGUCAGAUGAAGACUGCAGGGUACCCUGAGGUCAACAUCCAGAACUUCACCACCUGCUGGAGAGAUGGCCUGGCCUUCAACGCUCUGAUACACAGACACAGGCCUGACCUCAUCGAGUUCCACAAACUGACCCGGUCCAAUGCAACUCACAACCUCCAGCAAGCCUUCAACAUCGCUGAGCAGAAGCUGGGCCUGACCAAACUCCUGGACCCAGAGGAUGUGAACACAGAGAACCCAGAUGAAAAGUCGAUCAUCACAUAUGUGGUCUCCUAUUACCACUACUUCUCCAAGAUGAAGGCUCUUAUUGUGGAGGGCAAGAGGAUUGGAAAAGUGCUGGAUAACUGUGUUGAGGCAGAAAAUAUCAUCAACCGCUACGAAGCCCUGGCCUCAGACCUUCUGGACUGGAUUGAAAAGACCAUCGCUGUCAUUAGCAACCAGAAGUUUGCCAACUCACUGACAGGAGUUCAGCAGCAGCUGCAGGCCUUCACCACCUACUGCACUAUAGAGAAGCCAAUCAAAUUUCAGGAGAAGGGGAAUCUUGAGGUCCUCCUCUUUACCAUCCAAAGCAAACUCAGAGCCAACAACCAGAAACCCUACGUGCCUCAUGAUGGGAAGCUGAUUUCAGACAUCAAUAAGGCCUGGGAGAGGCUUGAAAAGGCGGAGCAUGAGAGGGGCGUGGCCCUGCGCAAAGAGCUGAUUCGUCAGGAGAAGCUGGAGCUGCUGGCUCAACGCUUUGACCACAAAACCACCAUGAGACAAGCCUGGCUCAAUGAAAAUCAGAGACUUGUUUCACAGGACAAUUUUGGCUACGACCUUCCUGCGGUGGAGGCAGCCAUGAAGAAACACGAGGCCAUCGAGGCAGACAUCGCGUCGUACGAAGAGCGGAUUGGCGUGGUGGUUGAACUUUCAGCCGAGAUGGAGAAGGAAGGAUAUUACGACAUUCGAAGAAUCCUGGCUAGAAGGGAGAACAUCCUGGGUCAGUGGGGUCUGCUGAAGGAGCUGGUGGCUGGAAGGAGGACCCGUCUGGAGAAAAACCUGGCUCUGCAGAAGACAUUUCAGGACAUGGUUUACAUGAUUGACUGGAUGGAGGACACCCAGGUCCAGCUGCUGUCCAAAGACUUUGGGAAACAUCUUUUAGAGGUGGACGACCUGCUGCAGAAACACAGCCUGCAAGAAGCAGACAUCACUGUGCAGGCUGAGAGGGUGGAGACACUCAACACUUCUGCACUUAAAUUUACCACCAUAGAGGGUUACCAACCAUGUGACCCACAGGUGAUCUGUAAUCGCGUCAAUCACGUCUCCUCUUGUCUGGAGGAGCUCAAACAUCUAGCAGUGAAAAGAAGAGCUGAGCUGGAAGAGUCCAGGCAGCUGUGGGCCUUUUUUCAGGAACUGGAAGAAUCCGAGGUGUGGAUCAGAGAGAAGAGCUCCAUCUUGGGAGCUCAGGGUUACGGGAAGGACCUGAGCAGUGUGCUGAAGUUACUGCAAAAACACAAGACUCUGGCUGGAGAACUGCUGGCUCACCGUUCACUGCUGCAGAACACCAUGAAGAGAGGAAAGCAGAUCCUGAGUGAGAAGAGCUUUGGCACUGCAGGGAUCCAGGAGCACAUCAUGGAGGUGAAAAGCGAGUGGAAGCUGCUGGAGGACCAGGCAGCGCAGCGCCUCGGCCAUCUGCAGGAGGCGCUCAACUUUUUCCAGUUCUCCACUGAGACGGACGACCUUGUGGCCUGGCUGCAGGAUGCUUACCGCCUGGUCUCCAGCGAGGACUUUGGACACGACGAGUACUCCACUCAGUCGCUGUUGAAGAAACACAGAGGGGUCAGUGAGGCCAUCGACAAGCAUCGGGUGCAUGUAAUGGCGCUGCGGAAGCACAUGGUGGCGCUGCCUCUGCAGUACCGUGAUCAGGAGGAGGUUCAGGUUCGUAUGGGGGAAGUGGAGCAGCUGUACACCGAGGUGGUCGAGGUGGCAGUGCUCAGACAGCAGUGGCUUCACGAUGCACUCGCCGUCUACCGCAUGUUCAGCGAAGUCAAUGCAUGCGAAGUGUGGAUCGACGAGAAGGAGCAGUGGCUGGAUAAGAUGGAGAUCCCAGAGAAGCUGGAGGACGUGGAGGUGGUGGCACACAGGUUUGAGAGUUUGGACCAGGAAAUGAACAGCCUGAUGGGAAGGAUCCUUGAUGUGAACCAGAUCGUUCAGCAGCUGCUGGAUGGAGGUCAUCCAUCAUCCGCAGAGGUCAGAGGUUGUCAGGACCACCUUAACUCCAGGUGGAACAGCAUCGUCGGGCUGGUUGAGCACAAAAAAGGUCAGCUGAACACCAUGUUACGGCUGCAGAACUACCUGCUGGAGUGUGCUGAAAUCAAAUCCCAGAUCCAGGACAAGAGAAAAGCCAUUGAUGCCACUCAGUACGUGGGCAGUGAUCUGGGCGGAGUCAUGGCUCUGCAGAGACGCCUGUCCACCAUGGAGGGGGCGCUGUCUGUCCUGGAGCCAAAACUACUGCACCUGCAGGAGGAGGCAGAGCAUCUGGCCACCUUUCACUCGGGUCAAGCCAUGGAGAUUCUCGUGCCAUUUGACGGCAUCAGCGUGGAGUGGGAGGAGCUUAAAUGCACUCUCCAGGGCUGUGAAGACUCACUGAUGGUGGCCAGCAGACUGCAGAGCUUCAUACAGGACCUGGACUCGUUCCUUACCUGGUUGGUCCAGACACAGACCGCCGCUGCCUCAGACCAGCUGCCCAAUGACCUGGAGGAGGCUGAGAAACUCAUCAACAAACAUGCUGCACUCAAGGAGGAGAUAGGACGUUAUGAAGAAGACUACGAGCGCCUGCAGGCCAUGAAUGAGCUGCUGGAGUCUGAAGAGGCUCCUCUUCCUCAGGCCGCGCUGCAGCAGUGGCUCCAGAAACUUGACGUGGGCUGGAAUAAACUGCUGGAGAUGUGGGAGAGCAGGAGAGAAGUUCUGGUCCAGGCCCACAUUUUUCAUCUGUUCCUGCGAGACGUCAAACAGGCCGAGUCCUUCCUCAAUAAUCAGGAAUCGGCCCUGGCUCACGUGGAACUGCCCACCACCGUGGAAACAGUUGAAGCUGCCAUAAAGAAACACAAGGACUUCACCACCACCAUGGAACUGAACCUGCACAGGAUCAAAGCUGUGAUCGAGGCAGGAGAGAGUCUCAUCAGCCAGAGUAACAUCUACUCCGACCGCAUCAGGGAACGCAUCGACACCCUCGCCAACAGAGGAAACCAGAACAGAGAGCUGGCCCAGCAGUGGUUGGAAAAACUAAACGACCAGUGGGAACUUCAAAGGUUUCUCCAAGACUGUCACGAGCUUGGUGACUGGGUGUGUGAGAAGAUGCUAAUGGCCAGGGACCGCAGCCGGGAUGAGACCCAGAAGCUUCAUAAGAAAUGGCUGAAGCACCAAGCCUUCAUGGCCGAGUUGGCCCAGAACAAGGAAUGGCUGGACAAAAUUGAAAAGGAGGGUCAACACCUGAUCCAGGAGAAGCCCGAACUCAGCCCUGUUGUCAGGAAGAAGCUGGAGGAGAUCAGGGAGUGCUGGCAGGAUCUGGAGAGCACCACGCAGGCCAAAGCUCGUCAGCUCUUCGAGGCCAAUAAGGCCGACCUGCUGGUGCAGAGCUACGAGAGCCUGGACCAACGGCUGGGUCAGCUGGAGGAUCAACUGGCCUACGUGGACCAGGGACAGGACCUGACCACCGUCAACAAGCAGCUCAAAAAACUACAGACCUUUGAGACUCAGGUGGAGGCGUGGUAUAAGGAGGUGGGGCAGCUCCAGGUUCAGGCCUCCUCCAUACCUCAGCAGACUCAGGUCAAAGAGACGGUGGCAGAACGUCAGUCUAAAGUCGAGGCCAGGAUGAUCCGUCUGAUUGAGCCACUGAAGGAGAGACGACGCCUCCUGCUGGCGUCCAAAGAAGUCCAUCAGGUUGGCCGGGAUCUGGAGGACGAGAUCUUGUGGAUCCAGGAACGCAUCCCAAUGGCGAUGUCUCAUGAACAUGGUACCACGUUGCAAGCUGUCCAGCAACUCAUGAAGAAGAAUCAGACCCUUCAGAGGGAGCUGCAGGGCCACGGGAGCAGGAUCGAGGACGUCCUGGAGCGGGCGGGGAUCAUUGGCUCCUUACGCAGCCCCGAGGCUGACUGUGUCAGAGCCGGCCAUGACCAGCUGGCCCAGCUGUGGACUGUGCUCUGGACCGAGACUGAGAGAAGGCAGUUGCUUCUGGAUGCCAUGUACCAGGCGCAGCAGUACUAUUUUGAUACAGCUGAAGUGGAAGCCUGGCUGAGCGAGCAGGAGCUGCAUAUGAUGAAUGAGGAGAAGGGGAAGGAUGAGCCAAGCACACUGCAGCUGCUGAAGAAGCACUUGGUCCUGGAGCAGACCAUCGAAGACUAUGCAGAAACCGUGGGCCUGCUGUCGCAGCAGUGUCGGCAGCUGCUGGAGAUGGGUCAUCCUGACUGCGAGCAGAUCAGCAAGCGCCAGUCACAGAUCGACCGACUGUAUGUGUCCUUAAAGGACCUUGUGGAGGAGCGGAAGAGUCGACUGGAACAGCAGUACUGGCUCUACCAGCUGAACAGAGAGGUAGAUGAGCUGGAGCAGUGGAUUGCACAGAGGGAGUUGAUUGCCAGCUCACCUGAACUGGGUCAGGACUUUGAGCAUGUAACAGUGCUGCAGGAGAAGUUCAUCGAGUUUGCCUCGGAGACGGGCAGCGUUGGACAGGAACGAGUGACAGCGGUAAACCAGAUGGUUGAUGAGCUCAUUGACUACGGCCACUCAGAGGCCGCCACCAUCGCUGAGUGGAAGGACGGUGUGAACGAGGCCUGGGCUGACCUUCUGGAACUCAUGGAGACACGUACGCAGAUGCUGGCUGCCUCACAUCAGCUGCACAAGUUCUUUUCCGACUGCAGAGAGGUUUUGGCUCAGAUUGCAGACAAACAUCGAAGAUUGCCAGAAGUCCGUGCUCGGCAGGGCAGCACCACCAACACCAGCACGCUGCAGAGGCUCCUGAACAGCUUUGAACAAGACAUACAGCUGCUGGUCACACAGGUGCGUCAGCUGCAGGAGAGUGCAGCCCAGCUGAGGACGGUGUAUGCUGGCGAGAAGGCCGAAGCCAUCGCGUGCCGGGAGCACGAGGUCAUGCAGUGCUGGAAGGAUCUGCUGACUUCCUGUGAGGACUGCCGAGUGCAAAUCACAACGGAGACAGACAAACUCAGGUUCUUUGCUAUGGUCCGAGAUCAACUUAUGUGGAUGGACUCCAUCAUCUGUCAGAUUGGGACAGGAGAAAAACCCAGGGACGUGUCAUCAGUGGAGGUGCUGAUGAAUUAUCACCAGAGUCUAAAGAAUGAAGUUGAGGCACGCAGCCACAGCAUAUUUGACUGCAUCGAGAUGGGGAAGAUGCUGUUGGCUGCCAGAAACCCUGCAGCUGAAGAGAUAAAGGACAAGUUGGAAAAGGUGAUUGCUAAGCAGCAUGAGCUGACUGAGAAGUGGGACAAGCACUGGGAAGUACUGCAGCAAUUGUUGGAGGUCCACCAGUUUGCACAGGAGGCUGCAGUUGCAGAGGCAUGGCUGUCAGCUCAGGAGCCUCUCAUCAGCAGCAGAGAGCUGGGCACCAGCGUGGACGAAGUUGAGCAACUGAUCCGUCGACAUGAAGCGUUCCGCAAAGCCGCUGCCACCUGGGAGGAGCGCUUCAGCUCACUGCGACGACUCACCACGGUGGAGAAGUUGAGGGCAGAGCAGAGUAAACUACCCCCGACACCCCUGCUGGGGCGAAAAGUCUUCCUGGAUCCCCAAGAUGCCUUACCCACUCCAUCCACCCUUCCCCGCCUCCCGAUCUCUCCUGUCAUUAGACAGACCAUUUACGAACAGAAUGAAGCCAGCUCACCUCCCUCACCCUCACCUGCCACUCCCACACCCUCCCCCUCAUCUACAGUUCGUCGCUUAGGAUCAACCGUUGCCAACUACACCCCUGUCAUGAAUGGCUCGAGUUACCGUCACACUUUGGAGCCACGGCACGGUGCUACGGCGGCUGUGCCUGCGGGACACGGUAAACCCUCACAGUCCUCGAUAGCGUCCAUAGCCACGGCAGCCAUGCUUGUUUCAGCCAACCAGGCACGAGAAAGUGUCAGCACAGCGAAAGAGCAAGCGCCAAAGGUGAUGAGUCACUUACAACCUCCGCAGACUGUGAAAGAACAGGAAGUGAAAUCAUCUCCAUAUUUAAGACAAGCUAAAAUCAAGCACCUGGACGAUGCAGUGACCCCUCUGCUCGUUGCCAGUCGUUUGGAGAAAGCAAGGGAGAAAAGGGAGAGAGAGAUGAUGAUGGGAGAGAUAGGGACUGGGAAAGCAGAGGUGGCAGUGAUGGCCGAGGUGGUGCUUCAGGAGCCAGGCAGGGAGCGUCUGCACAGUGAGCCCAGCAGAGGGGUGCGGGUGUCCAGAAGUGAAACACUGGCCAGCGUCGAGCCUCAGGUCCAGACACACAUGUACCACAGGGACCACAGGAUAGAACAUCAGCUGUCCAGUGAGCAGCUGAUCCAAGCACGUCGGGACGAGCUGCCUCAGGAGGUGUGGAGGGAACAGGCCGAGCGGAGAGACAGACGGACCCUGGAGAGACAAACGUCCAGUGAGCAGGAGGGUCACGGAGGCCACGAGGGUCGUAGGAGAGAGAGGGACCGACAUCGACUGGAGAGACAAGAAUCCAGCGAGCAUGACACCGGGCACUCAGACAGACGCUCAGCAGGAGGGGAAAAGAGAUCGACCAUGGCCGAAAUCGUGGAACAACUGCAAGAAAGAGAAGCAGCACAGGCCCGCGGUGAGGUGUCUCGCCUCCCUAAUGGCCUGCCAGAAAAGUCACGCCUCGACCGACCCCGAGCUCGGGACAGGCCUAAACCACGGCGCCGACCACGACCAAAAGAGCCAGGAGAGACGACGCGGCGGUCUAGGUCUGCUCCUGCACAGAGCAACCCUGCAGUCCUGCAGCAGCCGAGUCACACCGCACAUCAUGAGGGCUUCCUUUUUCGCAAGCUAGACAUUGAGACUCUAAAAAAGAGCACUAACAGGUCAUGGGUCAACCUAUACUGCGUGCUGAACAAAGGAGAGAUUGGUUUCUACAAGGACGCUAAGAACACCACGGCGUCGUACAACAACGAGCCGCUGCUCAACCUCUCUCACUGCCACUGCGAUGUCACUAACGGAUACAAAAAGAAGAAGAAUGUUUUCACCCUCAAGACAAAAGAUGGCAGCGAGUUUUUGUUUCAUGCUAAAGAUGAGGACGACCUCAAAUUGUGGGUAAACAACAUUACCACCAGUAUUUCGGAGCACGACGAUAUCAGCAAAUGGGGUCUGCCUCAACCUACUACCUCAUCCACUGACGAGGGUACACGGCCCGAUGGCAGCAAGGCCGACAACAGGUCAGAGCGAGGAGGCGAACGCUCGGACCGAGCUGACAGGAUAGAGCGAGCGGAAAAGGAGAGAGAAAAGGAGAGGGAGAGGGGUGAGAGGUCAGAGAGGUCUGAUCGGGGUGGGAGGUCGGACACAAAGCGCUCUGAAAAGUCAGGAAAGAAAAAGUGAGCUGUGCAUCAAACUGGCAAAAGAGAGAAGUGUGUGAACUUGAGGUAAAUGUUGAAGGUGGGGCGGCAGACUGGUAGUGAACACGGCCCUCCUUCUCUCUACCUCCAACACUGUCCACAGAGAGGUGGUGUUUGGAUGGAAAGUGACACACAGGACAGUGUUAGUGUGUGUGUGCGCACAGAUUCUCAUUCAUCCAAGUCAUAGUCUAAUAAAGGGAUUAAACAGAGACUGACUGGACCGAAGGGCUGCUCCUGACUCACUCAGGGGACAGACCGGAUGAAUUUGGAGCAGUUUGGAUACAAACCACUCCCCCCCCCCCCCCCCC